AUGGACUCGUUGUGUCAGCACUACAAAGACCAAGCCGCAGAAUGUCAUUCGUACGAAAACGGUUUCAACAACUACUUCCGCCGGCGAUACAUGGGCGACUCUCAAAGCAGAAUCCACUGCCGCUUCUUCGAAAACGCAAAGAAACUGUGCGACGAGUCAAAAAUGACCUUCGGCCUCUCUUCAAUCGUCACUGGCGCUGCUUCUGGUCUUGGCCGAGCCACCGCUGCCGCCCUUGCCUCUCGAGGAGGAAAAGUCGUCAUCUUCGAUCUCCCCAACUCCGACGGCCAGGCUGUUGCAAAGGAACUCGGACCCAACGCCAUCUUCUGCCCUGGUGACGUCACCAACCCCGAAGAUGCCAAAAAGGCUGCUGAGCUCGCUGCUAACGAGUUUGGCCACUUGCAAGUACUCGUUAACUGCGCUGGGAUCGGCAUCGCCAAGCGAAUCUACAACGCGCGAAAGGACCAGCUCCACUCUUUGGAUGAGUUCGCCCGAGUCAUCAACAUCAACUUGAACGGAUCGUUCAACAUGAUGUCUCAGGCGACAAAAGUUAUGGUCCAGAAUCCAGCUGAUGCUCAGCUCGAUUUGACGGACCCGGUUAAUCCUGAUGUGAAAAUUACUCAAAAUGGUUGCAUCAUCAACACCGCCUCUGUCGCUGCUUUUGAUGGACAAAUCGGUCAAGCUGCUUACGCCGCUUCUAAGGGUGGCAUCGUUGGCCUUACCUUGCCUGCUGCCCGAGAUCUUGCCGCUGUUGGCAUCCGAGUCAACACCAUCGCCCCUGGCGUUUACAGAACUCCAAUCCUCGACGGACUCCCAAUGAAGGUCCAGACUGUUCUUGCCAAAACUGUUCCCUUCCCUCAGAGACUCGGUGAUCCAUCCCAAACAAAGACCAAGCCGCAGAAUGUCAUUCGUACGAAAACGGUUUCAACAACUACUUCCGCCGGCGAUACAUGGGCGACUCUCAAAGCAGAAUCCACUGCCGCUUCUUCGAAAACGCAAAGAAACUGUGCGACGAGUCAAAGUACGAGAAGCUCAGAGCGCUGGAAAAUUACUACCGGGAGAAUCAACAUCGAUCAGAGUUUCUGCCGAACAAUCGAAAUGGGCCUUUUGAAGAGUGGAAUAAAGAUUUAUGAAUUAUUUUACUUCAUGAUGAUUACUAUAAAAUGA